GACGUCGCUCCCGGACCUGCCCGGCGAGGAGAGGCGCGCUGACGCGUGGCGGCGGCACCGGAAGCGGCGGCAGGAGCGGCGAUGGGGAAGCAGAAGAAGGCGCGGAAGUACGCGGCCAUGAAGCGCAUGAUCAGUCUCCGGGACCAGCGCAUUAACGAGAAGGACCGGGCCAAAGCCCCCGUGAAGAAGAAGGAGGACCCAAGUGCCAUCAAGGAGCGGGAGGUCCCCCAGCAUCCCUCUUGCUUGUUCUUCCAGUAUAACACACAGUUGGGCCCCCCUUACCACAUCCUGGUUGACACCAACUUUAUCAACUUCUCCAUCAAGGCAAAGCUGGACCUAGUGCAGUCAAUGAUGGACUGUCUCUAUGCCAAGUGUAUUCCAUGUAUCACAGAUUGUGUGAUGGGUGAAAUUGAGAAGUUAGGACAGAAGUACCGUGUGGCGUUAAGAAUUGCCAAGGAUCCUCGGUUUGAACGCUUGCCAUGUGCGCACAAAGGAACCUACGCAGAUGACUGCUUGGUACAGAGAGUCACUCAGCAUAAAUGUUACAUUGUGGCCACAGUGGAUAAAGAGCUCAAGCGGAGAAUACGAAAAAUCCCAGGAGUGCCUAUAAUGUAUAUUUCCAGGCACAGAUACAAUAUUGAGAGGAUGCCAGAUGAUUAUGGAGCUCCUCGAUUCUAACCUGUCCAGCCCAAGCCAUCAAUAUGAAGACUCUGAGCCAGGAUAAGGGUCCUUCUGGUUCCAACCCCCCUUUCUUUUUUGCUGGGACUCUACUCAUAAGACUGUGGAUGACAUUGAACUGACUUCAUAGCCUUGAUCUUCUAAGAAAGAGAUACUUGUAAGAGUCUGUUUUUAUUUAUCCUUGUUCUGACUUGGCCUGAUUACUUACAGCCGUGAGAAGCAUACGGUAAAGAGAGGACGGCAGGGCCCGAAACAUGCCUGACUUCCUCUUCAUUGGGAUCAUUGGAAAAAGUGAUUUCAGCAUUCCAAAUUAAAUAUUGGUGAUGCAACUCUGGCUGAGAAUGAAGCUACAGACAUUUUAAAAGCUUUUUAUUGCUGUACCUGCAGCAGGACAAGUAUUCCUCUGGGAAACUCCUUCACAUCUGUCCCAUGAGCAAAUGAGUAUCUGCGUUCUGGAGAAAAGCUGUCAAAUCUGCACCAGAUGGUGUGCCUUCUCCGGACCAGUGGUCUGGAAGAUUUUAAUUUGGAACUGAUGGGCUUGUAUACAACUGUACAAUGAAUGAAGUUUGGUUAAGUGUC